AUGGCAACCAUCAGCCCAGACAACGAAUAUCUAAUCACUCUUCCGUAUCCUCCCGAAAUUUCCCCUACGGAACUUCUUUCUCGUAAAAAAAGCGGUCCGGGUCUUACCAAGACAGCCAACGCAUUCUUUGUAUAUCGCAAAGCAUACGUUAAAGAACUCAAGCGUCUUGGGAAGAGAAUAAAGAUGACUCAAAUAUCCGGGGUAAUAUCGUAUUCUUGGUCUCGCGAACCCGAAAAAACUAGGAGUGCUUACAAAGACAUUGCGGAUGAAGCGAGCGAAAUGUUCAAAAAGAUAAAUCCAACUCCAGAAAAACAACCAUCACUGACGAAAAAGGAAAUUGCCCAGAAAUUUUCCAGGUAUCAGCCAUAUCCGUUGGUGUAUACGCCAGCAUACUCAUAUUGUCAAUCAGCUUCUUUCGAACAAACAAUGCCGUGGGGCGGAGGGGAAUUGGCCAUGUUUCCCAUCGAAUUUCCGACAUACGAUACAAAGGAGCAGAUUGAAACAUUCGGCGUAGAACCCUUUUUUGAUGCAUCGUCAAUUGAGCAAUUACCGAGUGAACUGUCGAGUGGAGCAACUACAUGCUCUCCCUCUCCCUCUUCGUCGCCUAUUUCUUCCAAUACUACAUACAUCACUUCUGAUGGGGUGCAAUACUAUACUCCUUUUGAGAAUGUAAAUAAUUUAAACAAUUUACAAUACUUUUCUGCGGUACCUGCAGUAGUACCUGCAGUAUCGGUUAGUCAGACGGCAUACGAACCAAACCAACUUUUGCUUCCGUAUACAGGGGAUAUAUCGGACAGUGUAAAUUAUAUGAUAUGA